GGGCCGGUUCCUCCCAAAACAGCCGGCAAGCCCUCGGCACAUCUCACCCUCCGCCCGCAGAACCUGGCCCAGGACGGGAACUCGAGGCGCUUCGGGAACCCCUCCCAGUCCUGCGCGGGCAAGUACUCCGUCUCCUCCCAGAUUUCCUUCCGCUACCCCAGCGACGGGGCCAGCGCCCGAGUCUCCGUCCCCCAGCUCGUGCAGUGCAUCAACUGGAAGACCUCCUACAGCCAGCCCAUCCUCCUGCUCAAAGGGGUCGGCACCAAGUGCUGGGCGCCCGAGGCGGACUACGGGCUCCACGCUCUCUACCAGGGG